AUGGAGGGCGUUUGCAGGACCUGCGUCGCGUCGCUGCCGCGCUGCCACGUCGCCGGCGUGCGCGCGCGCGGCGUGCCGCGCCCGCGCCUGCUCCGGAGGGCCGUGCGCGCCAGGGCGGCCCCGGGCGAGAGCAGCGACGACGUCGUCACGUCCAAGCAGCGCAAGCAGCGGCUGACGCGGUCGAUGGACGCCCUCGACGCCAUGCUCCCGGACCUCCCGGAAAUCGACGCGCUCGCCGACUCCAUCCGACAGGAGGCUGCGGACAGAGACGCGGGGGGCAGUGCGGUGCCGAAAACGGUGCUGUACGACCGCAAGCCGAUCUCUACGGUGGAGCAGGAGGCUCCGGGGCGGAAGCAGGGGAUGGACGGCGGGAAGGAGGGGCGCUACUUGGACCCGGACGCGAUCACGCGCGGGUCGGCGUUUGAGAGCCGGGCGGGGAGGGCAACCAAGGACGGCGAGGAGCUCGACGUCCCCACGUACGAGCCCCGCCUCGCCUACGUGGCCCUCGCAGCCAACCUCGCCGUCUACCUCGGCGGCGUGGCCAUCGCGCUCACGGCGGGCAACGACGCCUCGAACGACUACUUCUUCGCGCUCGCCAAGGACGACGCCGCCGUCGCCGGCGGCGAGUUCUAUCGCCUCCUGACCGCCAACUUCCUGCACGCGGGCGUGCUGCACCUGGGCCUGAACAGCGUGGCGCUGUGGCAGCUCGCGCCCGAGGCCGAGGCCGUGCUCGGCCCCGCGACCUUCGCGACGGUCUACCUGCUGUCCGGCGCGGCCGGGUCCGUCGCGUCGAUGCUCUUCAGCGACCUGACGUCAGUGGGGGCCUCGGGGGCGAUUUUCGGCCUCCUCGGGGCCCUGAUCGGGUACUUCGCGCAGAACCCGAAGCUCGCGCGCGCGCCGCAGCAGGCGCUCUUCCUCGCGGCGCUCGCGGGCGGGAACCUCUUCCUCGGCACCGCGGAGGGUUCGAUGAUUGACAACGCGGGCCACGUGGGGGGGCUUUUGAUGGGCGCGUGGCUCGGGUACGCCAUGGGCCCGAGUCUGACGGUCCUCAAGGAGAUCGACAUUCCCGCGGGGUCGCUGUACGUGCCGGAGGGCGAGGAGGAGGUGGAGACGGUGGCUGUUGUGGACCGUAGGAACGCCAUCGGCAAGGCGGCGGUGGGCGUGAGCGCGGCGUUGUCGCUGGGGGUCGUGGCGGCGCUCGCGGUGGCGCUGCAGAACGAGGCGGCGGCGGGUCUGUAG